AUGCUAGCCUCCAAAACAGCCCUCCGCACGGGCCGCGCGGCCGGCGUGCGCACGCUCGUGACGUCGUCGGACCUGCCCAACGGCGUGAACGCCGUGUCGACGGCCUUCAACGGCCCCGUGGCCUCGGUCGCCCUCUUCAGCGACCUCGGCACGCGCAGCGAGACGCCGGCGACGAACGGCGCCCUCGCCGUCGUCGCCCAGGCGCGCGCCGCCGCCGCGGGCGCCGCCGUCGCCAAACUCGGCGGCGCCGUCACCGGCGCGGCGACGCGCGACGGGAGCUCGCUCGUCGCGACGGUGCUCAAGGAGCACGCGCCCGCGGCGGCCGCCGCGCUCGCGGCCGCGGCCGCCGAGGCCCCGUCGGCCGCGGCCUUCGAGGCCGCCAAGGCGACCGUCCUCGCCGCCCAGGGCGGCAUGGUCGAGGAGGUCCACGGCUGCGCCUACCUCGAGGCGCCCUACGGCCUCCCGGCGAACGGCACCGCCGCGUCGCUGGCGAACGUCACGCACACGGACGCCGCGGCCCUCCUCGCGGCGCCGACGGCCUACACGGCCGUCGGC